AGGGGCUCCGGGAGUGAGGCGCGGGGGGCGGGGCUCGCCGCAGCGGCCGCCAUCUUCGUGGGAGAGAAACAAUAGGACGGAAUCUCCGCGGGACCGGCUGAGGUAGCAGAGCGUCCUGGCCCACACAACCGAGGAGCUGAGGCCAGACAGACGGACGCACGGACAGACGACAGAGGACGCGCUGACCGCUGGACCCCGCUGCCUCCCCCUUCUCCCUGCUGCCUGCACCUGGAGGAUGAGCCCAGCCUUCAGGGCCAUGGACGUGGAGCCCCGCGCCAAGGGCAUCCUGCUGGAGCCCUUUGUCCACCAGGUCGGGGGGCACUCGUGCGUGCUCCGCUUCAACGAGACGACCCUGUGCAAGCCCCUGGUCCCGAGGGAGCACCAGUUCUACGAGACCCUCCCUGCGGAGAUGCGCAAAUUCACUCCCCAGUACAAAGGUGUGGUAUCUGUGCGCUUUGAAGAAGAUGAAGACAGGAACUUGUGUUUAAUAGCAUAUCCAUUAAAAGGGGACCACGGAACUAUGGACAGUGUAGAUAACUCAGACUGUGAACCAAAAAGUAAGCUGUUAAGGUGGACGAACAAAAAACAUCACGUCCUAGAAACGGAAAAGAUCCCUAAGGACUGGGUGCGGCAGCACCGGAAGGAGGAGAAGAUGAAGAGCCAUAAGUUAGAAGAAGAAUUUGAGUGGCUGAAGAAAUCUGAAGUCUUGUACUACAGUGUAGAGAAAAAGGGGAAUGUCAGUUCCCAGCUUAAACACUACAACCCUUGGAGCAUGAAGUGUCACCAGCAACAGUUACAGAGAAUGAAGGAGAAUGCAAAACAUCGGAACCAGUACAAAUUUAUCUUACUGGAGAACCUGACUUCCCGUUAUGAGGUGCCUUGUGUCCUGGACCUCAAGAUGGGUACGCGCCAGCAUGGUGACGAUGCUUCAGAGGAGAAGGCAGCCAACCAGAUCCGCAAAUGCCAGCAGAGCACGUCUGCAGUCAUUGGUGUGCGCGUGUGUGGCAUGCAGGUGUACCAGGCAGGCAGUGGGCAGCUCAUGUUCAUGAACAAGUACCACGGACGGAAGCUGUCCGUGCAGGGCUUCAAGGAGGCACUUUUCCAGUUUUUCCACAACGGGCGGUACCUGCGCCGGGAGCUCCUGGGCCCUGUGCUUAGGAAGCUGACUGAACUCAAGUCCGUGUUGGAGCGACAAGAAUCCUACCGCUUCUACUCAAGCUCCCUGCUGGUCAUUUAUGAUGGCAAGGAGCGGCCUGAAGUGGCCCUGGACUCAGAUGCUGAGGACUUGGAGGACCUGUCAGAGGAGUCAGCCGACGAGUCGGCUGGUGCUUAUGCCUACAAGCCCAUCGGCACCAGUUCGGUGGACGUGCGCAUGAUCGAUUUCGCACACACCACUUGCAGGCUGUAUGGUGAGGACAGUGUGGUACACGAGGGCCAGGAUGCUGGCUAUAUCUUUGGGCUCCAGAGCCUGAUAGACAUUGUCACAGAGAUAAGUGAGGAAAGUGGGGAGUGAGCUUGCUGGCUGCAGCAGUACCUGAGAGACUCUCUGUCCCAGGCACAGCUGUGCUGCGUCGGGGAGGAGGCCAGUAUGGCCAGGCGGUGGCCCCUGCAGCCUGGAGCUGAUGCGCAGAGGCCUCUGUGAGUCCCAGCCUGAGCCAGCCCCAACCGCUCUCGGAGUCUUUAUUUAUUUUAACUCUCUCUUCAACAUUCCACAUUUGAUGAUGCAGAUACCUCUUUCUUCCCUGAGUGUAAAUGUUCUAAUACAAAUCUUUUUGUUAAUUGUA